AUGCCUGACCAUUUAGGAGACGAUAUGCGUAAAGUAAAAGAUGAUAAAGAAGAACCCGAAAAAGAAAUCAAAUCACUGGAUGAGGGCGAUAUAGCACUUCUCAAAUCAUAUGGCCAAGGGCAGUACAUGAAGAUCAUUAAAGAAGUGGAAGAUGGUAUACAGACAGUGAUGAAGAGGGUUAACGAAUUGACAGGUAUCAAAGAAUCAGACACAGGAUUGGCGCCUCCAGCUCUUUGGGACUUGGCCGCUGACAAACAGACACUGCAAAAUGAACAACCAUUACAGGUGGCGAGAUGUACUAAAAUUAUCAAUGCAGAUUCAAAUGAUCCCAAAUACAUAAUAAAUGUGAAGCAGUUUGCCAAGUUUGUGGUGGACUUGGCUGACUCUGUGGCACCAACUGACAUAGAAGAGGGCAUGAGAGUUGGUGUCGACCGCAAUAAGUAUCAAAUUCACAUACCUCUACCCCCAAAGAUCGAUCCUACGGUAACGAUGAUGCAGGUGGAAGAGAAACCCGAUGUGACAUACAGUGAUGUUGGAGGAUGUAAAGAGCAGAUUGAAAAACUUCGCGAGGUCGUCGAAACUCCCCUUUUACACCCUGAAAAGUUCGUGAAACUAGGUAUUGAACCGCCUAAGGGUGUGCUGUUAUUCGGCCCCCCUGGUACUGGCAAGACGCUUUGUGCGAGAGCAGUCGCUAACAGAACGGAUGCCUGUUUCAUCAGAGUCAUUGGUUCGGAGCUGGUACAGAAGUACGUAGGCGAAGGUGCUCGUAUGGUUCGUGAACUGUUCGAGAUGGCGCGCAGCAAGAAGGCCUGUCUUAUAUUCUUUGAUGAAAUCGACGCUAUUGGUGGUGCUAGGUUUGAUGAUGGCGCUGGCGGUGACAAUGAAGUUCAAAGAACUAUGUUGGAGCUUAUCAAUCAGCUGGAUGGUUUUGAUCCUAGAGGAAAUAUUAAGGUGCUGAUGGCGACGAACCGGCCCGAUACGCUGGACCCUGCGCUGAUGCGGCCGGGGCGGCUGGACCGCAAAGUGGAGUUCGGGCUGCCCGACCUGGAGGGCCGCGCGCACAUCUUCCGCAUCCACGCGCGCUCCAUGAGCGUGGAGCGCGACAUCCGCUUCGACCUCCUCGCCAGGCUCUGCCCCAACUCCACCGGCGCCGAGAUCAGGUCGGUGUGCACGGAGGCGGGUAUGUUCGCGAUCCGCGCGCGGCGCAAGGUGGCCACGGAGAAAGACUUCCUGGAGGCUGUCAACAAGGUCAUCAAGUCCUACGCCAAGUUCUCUGCCACGCCCAGAUAUAUGACAUACAACUAA